AUGCCUGUAACUACUAGAUCUAAAUCUAAAAGAUGUCUCUCAUCUAUUCCAAAUGAUGUAGAGUUACAUCUUCCCAAAACUUCUUAUCCGCAAAAGCUUGUUGGUUCUCCAAAACCUCGUCAGCCAAAUCGAUUGUUAAACCAACGCCGUAAAAAACGACCGAAAAAGCCGCUUCUGCCAGGACCAAAACCAAAACAAGAAUCAUCCAAAUAUCACUGCCAGAAGAAAGACGAGUUGUCCUCAACAAAUACAGACUUUUCAUCUCCAAGCCUACCUCCUAACACUUUCACCCACUUCUUUUGCCAAAAGUGUAAUUGCCAACAAGGAGUCUUUACCUCCCUUGUUGAUAGUUGUACCAACUGUAUGCAUCAAUUUGACGACCAUCACGAUAUGGAAAAUCCUUGGAACCCUGUUUGUGAUUACCUUUGCGAGAGACAGGAUCUUGUUACCUCGAUUAUGCAGAGACUUUUAAAUACAAGGGUUGUGGUUAUCCGUGCUACGCCUUUUGUAGGCAAGACAGUUCUUCUUAUGCUACUAGGUUAUCACAUACUUCAGGAGUACAGGGAUCUAGAACCAGUAUUUAUCGAAUGGGAGACUAGAACAAACCGUAAUAAUCUUCCAUUUGAGGAGUAUCUUGAAAGCGAAGCAUCCAAGUGGAAAUCAAAAAACGCCAAAUUUCGGCGUUUUCGCAAUCCUGCAGCUAGAAAGGUAUUCCUGAUUGACGAAGGCCAAAAUUCAUACGAGGAACAACAGUUUUGGCAUCAAAGUUUGAAAAAUCAUAGUACCAGCUCGCAAUCACUUUUCGUCCUUGUCUGUCUUUACGGCAUUUCAGGCAUUUCCGCAGCUCACGAACCGGGAAUCGCAUCUCAAGCUCUUCUUGUGGAUUUAUUUCAACGUGUCGAACUCCGUCCAUCUGCAAAUAAUAAUCUACACAUACUCUUUACACCAAAAGAAACAUCUAUUAUGGUGAUGAAGUGGGCUACAGUGCAGAACUUUCAACUUGAGAAUGGUAUGUUUGAAUAUCUUCAUGCUACUACUGAUGGCCAUCCGGGCGUACUUGACACGAUCUUGGCUUAUUUGAAACUUCGUUUCACCAAUGUAAGUUAUAUUCCUAUAUAUCUUCACUAAAAUGUAGUUAAUUCUAAUGAUAUCUGAUAGCUUCCGGACAGCAUUCGUCGUACACGAUCAUGGUCGCCUCAAUUAUGCCGUGGUCUUAUUGCCGAAGACAGUGGUUUCAUAAGUGAAUUAAAUAUAUGGGGGAGAGGAUUUUGGACGUUUAGAUCAGAGCUUCAAGUUAAAAAGUAUCUUGGACACCCUCUUUACAGCCAUAUCCCAUUUUUCAGAGUGAAAGCGGCAUUGCGCAAAGUAGCAGAGCUACUGCAUGGUUACAACCUACCGGAUGGAGAGUCUAGUGAUGCUUUUACCUUUUGCUACAAGAUGGGUUUACUGCAUACCGAGCAGCCAUACCCUGGAAGACAGGAUGUCACCUAUACCUUUGCUUCCCCAAUACAUCGAAGGUAUAUGAAAUCCUUUAUCCAUAUUAAAUUUGAACCCAUAUUGACUAUAGAUACCAGGUAUGCGUAUCACCGUCUUUUCCCAGGCCCGGAACCAGGCACUCGUUUGGAUAAAAUGACCCUAAGGCAAGCCUGUCUCAAUGUCAUCGAAAGGUUUAGUCCAUCUGUUUUACAAGUACGAUCUCCAAAAUCUCAAAGCAGUUGGGGAAUUCCAGAAGCGGCUUUUCAAAACGAGAUAUAUUGCUGUUUUAGUCAUGAGCUUAACAAUAUAGAGAUUCUUUCUGAAUAUUCUUAUACCAAAGAUGGAAGAAUAGAUUUUUAUGUCUUAGAUAAGAGAUGGGGCAUAGAAAUACUUCAGUCUGGAAACAAGAAUAAAAUGGAAGAACAUCUGGGUCGAUUUCGAAUUGGAGGGAAAUAUCAUGGAUGGGGUAUUCUCGAAGAUUAUAUCGUCCUUAAUUUCUGUCCAAAGUCAACAGUUCAAGCUCUCGAAAUCAAAGGUAAUAACACUUCAUUCAUUUCAAACCCGACUCAAGAUCUAACACAGAAUCCUUUUUAGAUCCCGAUAUUCAAUCACAUAUUUUGCAAAUCGCUAUCAAUUCGAAUGAAUACACUGCAGAAGUAUACACCUAUGACAAUAAACUACAGACAACAUUACAUUUGAGCAAGGGACGGCAGCGAUCACAUGAUGCAGACUGCGAUUGGGAUUCUGAUGAAUCGGAUGUUUAUACAGCUCUGUGUGAUUCAAAAAAAUUGGAGAAAGAGGCUAAGCAACGGAUGCAAGAAUUGGAGCAAGAGAAGCAGGAAAUGCAACAAGAGAUGGAACAAAAAAUAUUUCAACUGCAAUUACAACUUAAUCAGAGAUGA